CUUUUGGCUAAAUUUGAUGAAUUUAUGAUGAGAAACAUGCCAAUCCAGUAAUUUACCAAUUGCUACUAAUUGACUCGUGCGGUGAAGAAUCCCAUCACAGAUGGAUCUGCAAAACCAGAGAACAAGCAGAAGAGUCUUCUUCGUUUAACAACAACAUCGGAGAAAGAAACAAACACCUGCGGCGAGCACACACACGUGCGUUGUGAGCACUCUCCAAUCUCACACGCAUGAGUCCGAUGCUGCUGUAACCGUCGACGAAGAAGAAGAAAGAAACCGUUGUUGCUGUGACCUUGAAGUGAAGCAAAAUUCGCAAACCAAACCAAACAAACCCUAAAUGCGCGGUUACUAGUGAGUGACGAUUCAGAUCUGUUGCGGGAUUAUCGAAAUUGGUUAUUGGCGGAGGGAGAUGGAGGGGAACUCCGGCGGAGGAGGCGGCGGAAACGACGUGGAAUUGCUCUGCAAGACGCUGCAGGUGGAGCACAAGCUCUUCUACUUCGAUCUGAAGGAGAACCCUCGCGGCCGCUACCUUAAGAUUUCCGAGAAGACCUCCGCCACCAGGUCCACCAUCAUCGUCCCCUUCUCUGGCAUUUCCUGGUUCCUCGAUCUCUUCAAUUACUACGUCAAUUCCGAUGAUCAGGACCUCUUCAGCAAGGAAUUGCAGCUCGACACCAAGGUUUUCUAUUUUGACAUUGGUGAGAAUCGGAGGGGCCGUUUUUUGAAGGUGUCUGAAGCUUCUGUCAGCAGAAACCGUAGCACUAUAAUUGUUCCUGCUGGAAGCUCCAGGGAUGAAGGAUGGGCAGCAUUCAGGAACGUUUUGGCAGAGAUCAAUGAAGCCUCAAGGCUUUUCAUUCUGCCCAAUCAGCAAAAUUCUGAAUCCUCAGAGCGUCUUGUUGGACUUUCGGAUGAUGUUGGUGCUGGCUUCAUAUCUGGUCAUAGUACUCAACCUGCCACUUCUUCUGAGUUGAAUGUGGACAGGUCUGUUGAUUUGCCGCCUCAGGAUGAAAUUGGGAACUUGGGGGUCUCAAAAGUAAUCAGGGCUGAUCAGAAAAGAUUCUUCUUUGAUCUUGGGAGCAAUAAUAGGGGUCAUUUCUUAAGAAUAUCUGAGGUUGCGGGUUCUGAUAGAUCCUCCAUCAUUCUUCCCCUGUCAGGGCUUAAGCAGUUUCAUGAGAUUGUUGGUCACUUUGUGGAAAUCACAAAGGACCGAAUUGAGGGAAUGACAGUUGCUAAUGUUCGCACAGUUGAUCCCCCUCAAAGAUGAAUGCUAACUUGGGGUAUUCAUGGUUAAUAAUUAAUCCCCCUUCCAAGGUUUCAAUGGGAUAAGAAUGGGUGUUGUCUUUGAGUCUGAUUUGUGUAUUUUAUUUUCCCUCAGCCUCCUUCUCCUUCUCAUAUUGUUCUUCCAUUAAUGCUUUUGAAAUAAUGCAAACUGUGGUUGGUCCGCAGAAUAAUUUGAAUUGCUUGGCAAGGUUAAUAUGAAUAGGAAUAAUGUAUUUGUUUGGAUAGUUUGGCACCCAAGCUACAAUCUGUAAUAAUGUUUGAUUGUUUAUUUUGCGUUCCUUGCGCAGAUUUCACAUGGAUUUAAGUUCUCAUGCA